UCAGGUGUUCAGACGAGUACAUAAUUUUGUUAUAUUUUAUUUAAAAUGAAAUUAAAGAUUUCAUCGUUCAAGGAACCAAAACAUACAGGUUCAUUUACCUGCGUUUGCUGGAUUAAUACAGAAGAUGUGUUUUCAUGCGGUGAUGACCAUAAGCUGUACAAAUGGAACCUUAUCAACAAUGAAUGUUUAUUAGUGACCACAUUUCCCGAAGAUGUCUAUCCGACCGAUAUGCAUUUAUUUCCGAAGACAAAUACCGUUGGAAAUAAACAACAGCACGACGUUGUUCUGAUAGCGGCAGCCGAUGGAAAAUUUCACAUCGUAAAUCACAAUGGCAGAAUAGAAAAAAGUGUGAGUGCGCACCAAGGAGCAUGCUUGGUUGCCCAGUGGAGUCCAGAUGGUGCUGGUCUGCUAACUGCCGGUGAAGAUGGAUUUGUGAAGAUUUGGUCACGUAACGGUUUGUUGAGGUCGACAGUAAUACAAUCCGAUGUGCCGUGCUACAGCUCUAAGUGGAGUCCCGAUAGCAGCGCUAUUUUGUACACCAAAGGCGACCAUUUAGUUAUCAAAAGCCUGAAUUCAAAUGGAAAAUCAACCAAGUGGAAAGCACAUGAAGGCGUGAUUCUGUGUACAGCCUGGAACGCGAAUAAUAAUUGCAUCGUAUCAGGAGGUGAGGAUGGAUAUUCCAAGAUCUGGGACACAUUCGGUCAACAAAUCUCUGUCAGCGUGAAGCAUGAUCAGCCAAUAACCAGUAUCAACUGGUGCCCUGCUGGUGACAUGUUCGCUAUCGGCAGCUAUAAUUUGAUACGACUUUGCAACGACAAUGGGUGGUCUCAUUGUCUAGAUCGUCCGUCUACUGGCAGUAUAUACAGUAUAGUUUUCUCGUCAGAUGGAACACAAUUGGCUGCUGCCUGCGCUAAUGGACACAUACUAUUUGCUCACAUCAUUGACAGGGAGUUCUCUUGGAAAAAUUAUGUAUGUAGGCAAAUAAGUCGAAAAGUUGUAUCCAUAAAAGAUAUUUUAUCAGAUCAAAAUGAUCAGUUAGACUACCCGGACCGAGUGAUCCAGAUCGCUCUGGGGUUCAACCACUUGGUGGUUGCGACUGUCAAGCAAUGUUUUAUUCAUAAAUUGACAUCGUGGAAUACUCCAGUAACAUUUGAUCUCAAGGAGAGUACUAUGAUAAUUUUAGCGGAAAGAUGUUUGUGUGUCAUCGAACGUGCUGGAAUAUCCGUGUACAGCUACAUGGGCCGGUUGCUCGCAAGCCCUCGAGUAGGCUCUCGACCUGAGACUAUUGGACGAGCUGCCGUGUCGUUAGGACCUGAUUCGUUAGCUGUCAUAGAUCAGACAGAUCGUAAAGUUAUCUACGUAUUCGAUUUGCCGACGGGUCUGGUUGUGAGGAGUUCAACAGACAGUACCACGACGAAGCUGACACAUAAAAUGACCGUGUCGAAAGUAGCGCUGAGCCAAAUUGGUCCGGUGAACGAACGGCAGAUUGCAUUGCUGGACUACAAUAAAGACCUGUACGUGGUCACCGUUAAGGAUUCCAAACAGAAAUUCUUUAAAUUAGGCUCACAAGUUUUGAGUAUAAUGUGGUCUACGGAUACUGAGCUGCUUGUUGGUUUGCGGGCGAGUUCUGUGGUCGCUUGGUGCUGUCCACGAGCUGGUCAGCCGGACUGGUUGGCGCUUACUACUGUUAGUAAGGAUAUAAGUGACCUCGGUCGUAACCCGAGCAUCAUGAGCGUAGAAGAGGGUGUCGUCUCCGUGUACCGGGGCAAUGGGUCCCUGCUACGCGUGUCUCUCGCCUCUUUUCCCGAGAAACUGCUCAAGCACGUGGCUGCUAACAUGUGGGAUGCGGCGUUGCAGCUCUGUAGAACAGUAGAAGAUGAGACACUGUGGGCGUGUCUAGGCGUGUUGGCGUGGCAACACAAUCAGCUGGCAGCCGCAGAAGAGGCCUUUGCUGUUAUACGACAAUAUCACCAAGUUUGUUAUAUCCAACAUUUGAGGAACACUAUACCGGAGAAACUGUAGCUGGUACGGAGAAGGUUCAGUCUGUUAUAUAGAGGUUUACCACAAAUAUAAUUUAUUUUAUUAGAAUAUUGUAGGUAAAUUGAACUAUUAUAUUUUGAAUAUCUUAUUAAGAUUAUAUGAAAUUAUUA